AUGGCCACUGCGCCACAGCAAAAAACAACGCUACCGGCAGAGACACGAGACGAUGUCCAAGAUGAGGAUGACGAUGACAACGACCACGACUACGAGCAUCUGUCGCGAUGCGUACAGCAGAGUUUCCGAGUGAGACCCACGAACUCGGAAGUUGUGGAAGGUCAGAGCGUCUACAUGCGUUGUGAGGUCAACAAUCAGGACGGACAAGUUCAGUGGGCAAAGGAUGGAUUCGUGUUGGGCUACGAACGAGAUGUUCCCGGCUACGAGCGAUACUCGAUGAGCGGUAACGCCAUGAGGGGCGAGCACCAUCUGCUUAUUUCGAACGCAACGGUGGACGACGACGGAGAUUACCAAUGCCAAGUUGCACCCGCCAAAAACAGCAAAGCAAUCUGGGCAAACGCCAAACUCACCGUACUCCUGCCCCCGAAGACUAUCGAGAUUUCGAACUACAUCAACAACAGCGCUGUAGUUGUCAAGCAACACGAAAUGAUUCCGCUCUCCUGUGUGGUCGGUCAAUCGAAACCUGCGGCAGAAAUAAAAUGGUUCAGGAAUAACGCGGAAAUACACCAGCCAGACAUGAUCGAGUAUAAAACUAUCGAGGGUGACAAUGGACGCUUGUCAGCGAUAUCCACGAUCACGCUCCGGCCAUCUCCCGAGGACAACGGCGUGGUCUACAGCUGUCAGGCGUUGCACCAUAAGCUUGAACCGCCCCUGAUCUCGAUGGUUCGACUAUCGGUGCUCUUUCCACCGGGCCCACCUGAAAUCCUGGGCUAUGCUGAAGGAGAAGUCUUACGAGCCGGAAACGCUGUUGAGCUCCGAUGCGUAUCGAGAGGAGGAAACCCGUUAGCGACAGUGCUCUGGUAUAAGGGCAGCGACACGAAGCCCAUCGACAGCCGUUUUACUACCACGAAUCGUGACAGCAUAAACCCGUUGAAAUUCAUCGCUAACGCUUCCGAUAACAACGCCGUUUAUCGAUGCGCUGCCUCCAACCAGAUCAGCAAGCCCGAGACGGCUCAAGUGAAGCUCUCGGUUCAUUAUGGACCGAGCAAUGCAACGAUCGAGCACGACCCUUCGUCCACCGCGAAGGUCGGUGAUCGCGUUACGAUGAAGUGCCGCAGCGCUCCUAGCAACCCUAAGGCGGACAUCUCCUGGACCGUUGACGGCCGACCUGUCAACGGGACCAAACCUCAGAGCCGCUUGGUGGACGGCGGAUGGAUAACGACAUCGGAAUUGAGCGUCGAAAUCACCAAAGAAGGCCGGAAAAUGAAAGUUUUCAACUGCUAUGCUGUCAACCAGGCGUUGGGUGAAACCGUGGUGCAGACGGCGGCCGUCGAUAUAAUUUAUCCACCCACGCAAACGAAAAUAUAUGGAUACAAAGAUGACAAGCCGAUGAAAGCCGGAGAGGUCUAUACGCUGUUUUGCGUCACCAAAGGAGGAAAUCCGCCUCCGCAGCACGUUUGGUAUCGGGGAAACUCGAGGAUGGAGAGCGUGUCCAAGACGGAUAAUGUCACCGUCAAAUCAGAAGUCACCUUCACGGCAACGGAAAAGGACAAUGGCCGCACCAUUCGCUGUGAGGCAUCGCAGGCGAACAGCGCGCCCCAGAAAUCCAGCGUCACACCGAAAGUUGUUUUUGGACCCUAUAACGUGUCGGUGACGGCCAUGGGGAGCUUCACGGCCGGAAGAAACGCAACACUCGAGUGUCGCUCGGGAUCUUCGAACCCUCCGUCUGAAGUAACAUGGUGGAAAAAUAACAAACUCCUCGAGGCUGGUCAACACGAUUCGUCGAUAAGCGGAAACUACGGCGGGACGAUCGUUGUGUCGAAAUUGAUUCUGAAUCCAGUACUGGCAGAAGAUCACGGCGCCAUAAUUCGCUGCCAAGCAACUAAUCCUCGGCUGCAGAGAAGCGAGCACCACACCAUGGAUCUCCUCGUGGAACAUUCACCGGUGCUCAGUUUACGCGUCGACUCACUGACGUUCCUCGAGGGAGAUGCGGCUCUCGUACAGAACGUAAUCGUCAGCGCAUAUCCGCUAGUAUCACGUUGGGAAUGGCUCCACGAGGGAAAACGAGUUCCAGUGGCCAAAGACGCCGAAGAGUACAGGGGUCCUCGGCACCGAGUUAGUUACAAAGCAGACAGUUUGAACUUCACCGAGAUCCACCGAAACGACUCGGGCAUGUACGUGCUGAAAGUUCAAAACAAGGUUGGCUGGGGGGAGACCAACUUCACCGUCGACGUCCAUUAUCCGGCGUCGAUUACGCACGUCGAUGAGGUGGUUUACGCGGAUGAGGGGAGUAAUCCGACUUUUCAAUGUCAGAUCGACGCUCAUCCUGUUCACAACGACACUGUCUACUGGGAACGAGAGAAUUUCGACAUGACCAGGACGCGGACAACAUUCAAGGGUCGCGCUGACGAGAAAACAGCUACCUCGUUCUUCACCGUCUUCAAUGUCUCUAGAGCAGAUAUCGGUAUUUUCAACUGUAUUGCCAACAACAGACUCGUGACCAGCUCGGCGUCAAAAGGGGCUAUGCUCGUCGUGAACUUCAAAGCGGAAAUCGAUCGCCACCCAGCUCUUUCGAAGGCGGCCGCUAACGAAAGCGGCGUCGCCCGUCUCAAAUGCCGAGCUGAAGGGGCUCGGGAAGUGAUGUUCUCCUGGCGGCGCAACAACGUUGAGUUGCGCGGUCCGAAAUACGAAGUUUUUCAACGACGUGUAGAAGGCAGCUACGUGCAAUGGGAAAGUGAACUAGUUAUCUCUGAUGUGCGGACAUCGGAUUAUGGAAAUUACACCUGCGUUGCUCAGAGUGAUCUGGGAUUGGAUCACGCUCAAGUACUUCUAACUACUAUCGGUUCACCUGGAAAUCCGGUUUUCGUCUCUCUCAGCAAUGCCACAGUCUCGUCGAUUGUGGUCAGCUGGGAGCCAGGUUUCAGCGGGGGACUCGCUCAAAGCUUCAAACUCAGGUACCGGCCCCACGAUCAGCCGAACGAGGGAUAUAUUUAUCGUGAGGUGCUGACACCAGUCGUCUACAACGCCACCAUCACUGGUCUCUACGUGGACACCGCGUACGACUUCAGCGUCCAGGCGUACAAUUCUUUCGGAGAGAGCGACUUCACCGAAGUAGUAACCGGUAGAACCUUGGAUGAAAUUGCUGAGUCGAACGGACAACCUUUGCCCUCGGCGAUCUCAAAAGUGGACAUCCCGAAGAUGAUCAUCACUUCGGUCUCAGUAGUGGGAACUUCACUGCUUCUGCUCAACAUCCUUCUCGUGGUGUGCUUUGUAAGAAAAAAGAAAAGCAAGCGACAGAAGGACGAAGGUACCUAUCAUUCGUACUCAGAAGAGAGCGAGCAUUCUGCGACAAAACCUGCCGCAAUCGAAAUGUAUGCUCCGCCGCCCAGUUACACGAACGCGACUGUGGCAACAGCUGAAACAGUAAGUUCGGCUUCGGACAAAAGUGAUACUGUGCACUUCAGCUCCGACGACUCCACUUCAAAGCCAUCGUUCAUUCUCGAGGGUGCCACGGAAACGAGCGUGCGUUACCAACAAGGGCACUCUACUUUACCAACGUUCUAUCACGACGACUCGUCUCUCGUGACAGCGAAACCUCAGGUGGCGCCCAUGAUAGAUCGGCAUGCGACUUUGCCGGCGCGACAUCAUCUCCAUCGGGUGCAUUACGCACCGAAUGUCGAGAGACGACUAUCUGAAGCUGAAUAUCCCUAUUAUAGAGCUAAUCACCCUGGCCCACCAACGCCGCCGGGCCGAACAUCGGCGUCUGCGAACGCGGCAUCCGUCGGGGGAGUCGCCCUCCGGGGCGAUAUGUACAAUGUCGGGUACAUAACGUAUCCGCACGCAGAGCUCACCUCAUUCAACAGCAACCCGCUGGCAGCUAACCGGAUUAGCGAACACGAUGGUCAUCUAGUGUAG